UAGAUGUUGAGACUGGUUUUAACUCUCUUAUUUCUAGAUGUUGAGACUGGUUUUUGCAUCCUUGUGUUUAUCUAUGGUAGCAGGGGCACCACAGUCCACCUACCCUGCAGGUCUUUCAGAGGAAGUUUGCCCAAAUUACCCGUAUUGUGGACCUACACCCCUAGAAGUACCUCAGGUGCCAGGAGCAGCUGAAGUUAUUGCAGCUCAGGAGAGAGUUCUUGCUCAAGAACGAGCUCAGACAGCUCCUGUAGCUCCUCAAGUUCCGGGUCUUGCCCAACAUGCUGCUGCUGAAGCACAGGUCCUAUCUGCUCAAGCUCAAGUUGGAACUGCUUUCACUGGAAUAGUCGGAGCUUCGGGAAAUAUUGGACCCUCAGGACUUUGUGGACCAUCUGGCUGUGUAGCUUUUUAAUUCCACAUUUUAGGAAAUUGUUGAUUUCUUCAAAUGUUGGACUUUUUGGACUUGUGAUGACCACUCAGCAUAAAACCCAGUGCAAUUUUGUUAUUAAAAAUAGAAAAAUAAAAUAAAGAUUUAUGAAAAACAAAA